UGCGCGCUGCAGAGCCGCCGCGAGUGCUUGGUGCUUGACGGGUGACGGCGAUGAAACUGAUCGGCGCUGAAGCUCUGGAGGGACAGGUUGCCGCCGCCGCCAUGGCCUCUACGGAGGGCCCGGGCAAAUAUGUCUUGGGGAUAGACGUGGGCAGCAGCGUGAUCCGGUGCCAUGUUUACAACAAGUCAGCCGUGCUCAAAGGAUUUAGUACUAAGCAGGUAGAAGUCCUUCAUCCUCAGGUAGGUUGGGUUGAACUGGACCCUGAAAAACUGUGGACACAAUUUGUUGGUGUGGUUAAAGAGGCUAUUCAAGCCGCGGGAAUUCAGAUGAAUCAAAUUUCUGCUCUUGGACUCUCAACACAGCGUUCAACUUUCAUUACAUGGAACAAGAAGACGGGCAAACCUUUCCAUAACUUCAUUAGUUGGCAAGAUGUGAGAGCUGGUGCACUUACCCAAUCCUGGAACAGAUCUCUCUUAAUGAAGGCAAUGCAUGGCAUUUGUUCAAUGUUGCACUUUUUCACUCGAAAUGGUCUAUUUUUGUUAGCAAGUUAUCAUAAUUUUACAACGCAGCAUAUCUCUUUAAGAUUGGCUUGGGUUUUACAACACAUAUCUGAGGUAGAACAAGCUACUAAAGAUGAUAAUUGCUGUUUUGGCACAGUUGACACAUGGCUACUAUAUAAACUCACCAAAGGUACAGUGUAUGCCACAGAUUAUUCGAAUGCCAGUGCCACCGGAUUUUUUGAUCCCUUUAAGCUGCAGUGGAGUGUGUUCCUUAGCAAGUUACUUUCCAUUCCAACAUCACUUUUCCCCCCAGUAGAGGACACAAGUCACAACUAUGGAUCAGUUGAUGCUGAAAUUUUUGGAGUGCCUAUUGCAAUAACAGCUUUGGUGGCAGACCAACAGGCAGCCAUGUUUGGACAGUGUUGUUUUGAUAUCGGUGAUCUUAAAGUCACCAUGGGGACUGGUUCAUUUUGGGAUAUUAACACUGGAAGCAAAGUCCAUGCAUCUAGAAAAGGUUUGUAUCCAUUGAUUGGUUGGAAGAUCGGGGAAGAGGUGACUUAUUUAGCUGAAGGCAAUGCUUCUGAUACUGGGAAUGCUAUAAAAUGGGCGCAGAGCUUAGAUCUUUUUGCCAGUGCUGAAGAAACAUCAAAAAUGGCCCACAGCCUAGUAAAUUCAGGCGGAGUUUGUUUUGUCCCUUCUUUUAGUGGGUUGCAGAUUCCAGUGAAUGACCCAUAUGCAUGUACUUCUUUUAUGGGGAUCACACCUUCUACCACUAAAAAACAUCUUGUUCGAGCUGUGUUGGAAUCUAUAGCUUUCAGAAACAAACAGCUCUAUGAUACCAUCACAAAAGAUGUAGGCAUUCCACCUAAAUUCAUUCGAGCUGAUGGAGGUGUCAGUAACAAUACUUUUGUGAUGCAAAUGACUUCUGAUUUAAUUAAUAAAACAAUAAAUAAGCCUGAAAGUACAGACAUGUCUUGUCUUGGAGCAGCUUUUCUAGCAGGCCUUGCUGUAGGAUUUUGGAAUGACAAAGAACAACUGAAAAAGCUGAGACAAACUGGCAUGGUUUUUAAACCACAGAAGGAUCCAAAUGAAUAUGAGCCUGCAAUGAGUAACUGGAUAAAAGCUGUUCAGCGUUCUCUUUCUUGGUACAGCCAGGCAUCACAGUCACAAGAUUGGUGCAAAACUCUAGAUUAGUAUCUAUGAAACAUUGGUUUUACAGGACAAUAUAACCUACAGCUCCAACUGCUUUAGAGCGACUGCAGUUGCUCUUCUGUAAGGUUACUCAAAAUAUACUAAUCGUCCCAUUGAAACCUCACCAUACAGUAGGCAAGAAAAUGAAUGCCAGUAUUAUGUAUGGUCCUAAGGGCUGAUUUCAUGUAGUAGCCAAAUUAGAUGAUGAUGGAAAAGUAUGAAUAUAUCAUCUCUUAUUUUGUUUUGUUUUUUUAAAUAUCAUUCAUGGGGAUGGGGGGACACCUGGGCCUGAUUCUGCUAUUUGUAUCUGUAUGAAAACAUGCAUUUGGUAUUUGGGAGUGGGAUUAAAGAGGCAGAAGUGUGUUCACACAUCUAAAUUGGUCUGAAAACAGGAGAUGCUUUAGGUAGCCGGCAGAGUGGAAAGUAGCAAAAAGUUUUGUCUGUCUUAAGAUUUCAUCUACCCUGUCAUGAUCUGCAAAAGACAAGCAGAAAUGUAAUCUAGUACAGAAUGGGACUUCUUGCCAACUUGAGCAUUGAUUCACCCAAAGAAACACUGAGAGUACUAACCCAAUAGGGAAUUGACCUCCCUUUACAACAAUGAUCUUCAUUUUUUAUCUGUUAGGCCUUGAAAAAUGUGAGUCCUGGCUACCUGUGGGAGAAAGUUUUAAUAUCCAGAUGUUAUUAAUAAUCAGUCAGGUGUUUUCAUUGUGAUCUUUCAGAUGCAUGGCCUUAAGUCAGAUGAUGGGAGUUGUAUAUAUAAUAUCUGGAGAGCCACAGAUUCCACAACUUGGUCUCGGAAGUGGGGAAAUAUUUAGGAAACACUAUGAUUGAUGCUUGUGAAGCAUCACUACUAAUGCAGAAUCUAUGGAAUUCAGAAUCCUAGCUCUUAUGUUUAAAGAGUUAUCGAUGGGGGGAACUAGUGGGUGUUUAGUUCUUAUAUUUAAGCAAUCACUGCAUAUGUUUCCAAAUCCAGAGUUAGAUUGUUUACUUUUUACCUUUUUUCUUUGACCCACAGUACAUUUUUUUCCUGACCGUGCACAUCUAUUACUCCUACUUUUUCAAACUUUACCCCAAUCACUGUCUCCCCCACCUAACCUAUUAAUCUAAUCUCUAUAUAAAAUGUGCAAGACACAGCAUAUGUGGAAUAGUUCACAUGUGUCUAAUGUUUCCUUUAGCAGCUGCACUUGCCAAAAGGUUUAGCAUUAUUUAUUUAUUUUAGGACUCAAGGUAUUUUUCUUUUAAGUUUAUAAGGCUCAAAGGGGAAACCCAGCCAAUUUCCAGGCACUGUUUUAAGUGCAGUAAUGGUACAGGUGUGUGGAAUCCACAUUUCUUUAUGGAAGUAGCACUUUUUGUUGCCUGGAAAUUGCGUUUUUCUAGCAUUUCAACAUUUUCUCUCCAGCUAGAAUAUUUUAUAACUGAAUCCUACACAGAGUAGUUGUCAGAGUGUCAUGGAUAUUGGUUCCCCUUCUCAAUGUUAUGUACUCUGUAGGACAAGGGUAAGCAACGUGGUGCCUGAGGGCACUAAUGUGCCCAUGGACUCCUUUCUUGGUGCUUGUUGAGAUGUCCUACCUCUCCCACCUUUUAUUUAUCUUUUAAAACAUAAUCAAGUUUGUUUUUGGCAUAUGGGAUUAUUUCAAAGCAAAUGAGGUGCUCUAGCUGCUCCCAAAUGUUGUCCCCAUAAAUGCUUCUGGCCCACUCCUGGGGCUCAGAGACAUUCUUUAUCUACAGCACCCCCAUUUUGUAGUGGUGCCCACAGCAGAUUUUCAAAAUGCCAAAGGUGCCCACAGGCCCCCCAAAAGGGUGCCUAAUUCUGCUCUAGGACCGUAUGAAGCUGCCUUAUACCAGGUUAAAUCAUUAAUCAGAAAUACUGUGGGAAUUCCACAGGAAAAGAUAAAAGAAAAAAUGUAGUUAGAAAGUGAUUUGAAUCAUUGUGUGUAGAGAAGCCCUCAGAAAAUCUCUGCUGUGUGCACUUUUGGACCACAGACAUUAUAUGCAACUGGAAUUAAGCAUGAAAAUCAGAUUAAUUGUGUUGCCCUAAUAGUAGUAUUUGGGGUUCUAGUCGGAAUAUUUUGGGCAGAAUUCUGGUUUAUCUUGCCAUAUGUCACCAUAGGUCAUUAAGUGCCUGGAGAAGGGUCCAAAUGGGGGAUUUUCCAUGACAAUCUGUACUAUAUUAUUUUCUCCAUGUCUAGAGCCAGGUCAUAAUUAGAGCAUCUAAUGAACUGCGUUUUAUAUUUGUAAUAGGUUUUAUUUUUGUAUUUUAUACUGUGGACUAUUGUACCUGGGUUGACUUGAAUUUGUUUACAUGUGAAACAGAAAGUGAGCAUGUGCAGAAGAACUAAACGUUUCAGCAAUUUUUUUUUCAUGUAAUAGGCCAGUACUAUGGCAAAAUGUUAACUUAGAAAAUGUUACUUAGGUUUUUCUCCAAGCUAGAAUCAGCUAACAGAUUACUAAUUCUGUACUAAAAUCAUUGCACAGGUCUGAAUGAGUGGAGAUGGUUAUUAGGUAUAACCAGUCUUCUGCACUUGAAACAUUUGUAACACUAUGUAAUAUGUCUUAAAAGUUAUGAACAACCUAAGAUCUAUAUCAGGCAUUACAUUUGUGAGACAUAUGUUUUAUAAACUGAAACUGAUUGUUCUCAGUGCUAAAUCAAGUAUGUUUUUAUUUUCUUUGUUAAAUGUGUACAUUGAUAUUCAAAUGUAAACAUCAAUUCCAAGCUUGAAAUUAGUGGAAACAUAUACAUAUAAUAUACUAACUCUCCAUAAAAUUAUUACAU